AUGGGGAUAUUUGUCAUAGCCCUUUUACAUGUGAUAGUUUAUCAGUGGAAGCCACCUCAAAAAGCAGGGCAAUUUAACUUUGCAAGAAAAAUUAAUGAGGCAUUGAAUGGAGGCAAUUUUGCACAACAAGACGACAGCUCAAGACAAAGCAGAAACAUGAAAUUUUACACAGCAUUUAAAUAUUGGGAACAACUUUCAAUGGCGACUAACAAUCUGAUCGCCCUCACGGCUUUAGCAAGCUACAGUGGGCACCAAGUUGUUGUACCUUUUGUAAAUGAUUCAAAGUUUUUUGGUUAUAAAAUGAGCAGUGAUGACACUCAAACACUAGCAUUGUACUACAAUCUGAGCGCAUUUAACAACACGCUUCGUUCACACGGAUACAGCACUUCUAGUGAGCUGGGAAACAUUUCAGAGUGUUUGCCGAGACAAGUUGGACUUACUGAUACAAUUUAG